AUCGCGUGGGACUUGACGCGCCUCCCUCUCCUCUCGGUGUUGCCUUGCGUCCGGGGGAAGCCGCAUUAACAGCGUCUCCGUAAUGCGGGCGUGAAGCGCUUCAUGUAGGGGAUCCAGGGGCGCAGGCUUACCGGCUUCACACCGAGCCUGGCCGCCGGGGCACCGGAGGAAUACAAUGUCGAACCGAAAGCACCGGGACAACCAGGAGAUCUGCGCCCGCAAGGUCCGCGAGCUGGCCCAGUCCGGAGUAAACAAACACUGCUUCGAGUGCAGCCAGCCCGGGGUGACUUACACCGACAUCACGGCGGGCAGCUUCGUCUGCACGUCGUGCUCCGGAAUGCUGAGAGGCCUCAACCCUCCCCAUAGAGUCAAGUCCAUCUCCAUGACAACCUUCUCCCAACAGGAAGUGGAAUUCCUCCAAAACCAUGGCAACGAGGUCGGGAGGAGGACUUGGCUGUGCGUGUUUGACCCAAAGACGGACGGCUGCUCCGACAUGAAGGACUCUCAGAAGUUCAAAGAGUUCCUGCAGGACAAAUACGAGAAGAAGAAGUGGCACUUUUCCAAAAGUAAGAACCGAAGGGACGUCGAGGGUCCUUGGAGCCCGGGGGUCCAGGCAGUGCCCCCUUCCCAUGGUCCCUUAACCAGCCAGGCGCCCUCCCAUAACCUGCCCCCCAACGCCAGGUCCACGAGGCCGCUGUCUCAGUCCCAGCUGCCGUCAUGGGAUCGAGCUCCCGCCAUCUCGCCCGCCGACAUGCGGGCGGACGUGUUCACCGCUCGGUCGCUGCGCUCCCAAAGCUUCAGAGACCCCACUCUGAAAGAUCCCACCCUGUGCGGGAUCGAAAGACAGCGGCCGGGCUCGCUGUCGUCGGCGCCGGGAGCCCAGAGCCACGUGCCCUCGUUCCCCGCUCUCCCGCGGCCCUCAGUCAGUAGCUCUUUCAAAAAACACUUCACUUUAGGUCGCACGGUAUCGGCCUCGGGGACCACGGGGCCGUUCAGGGCCUUCCCCAAGUCUCUCAGCGUGGACUUCGGGGGUCUGAGUCAUCCCCAUCAGCACCCUCUGCCCCACUCUCUGUCCCAGCAGCAGACCGGAAGCGCGGGACAGGCGAACCCGCGGGUCGGUGCCUCCAGCCACCAGGACCGAUACGCUGCCGUGUCACAUCUGGACAGCUGCUUCUCUGAACCGCCGGCGGUCGCGGCUCCCCCUGGUGGUCCGCCGCAGUACAACGCCCUCUUCGGCAGCAGGCCCUCGUCCAGCUCUACUCCUGCCAGUUCCCCCGGUGUCGACACCGUGUCCGGCUCCCAAACCGUUGCAAAUUUCCCCAACCCAUUCAGCUCCAGCUCCGCUUCCCAGCAGCCCGUUGCCCUCUCCCAGAGUAACCCCUUCAGCAACGCAUCAGGACAUGACGCCGGUGCGUUUGUCACCUCGCCCACCUCCGUCUUCCCUCCGUCCGCCUCCUUCCCAGCACCCAGCACCCACAAUGCAUUUCAUCAUGAGUCAGCCAGCAACCAGGAAGCCAAUGGGUUCGCCUCCUUCCCUGCGCCCGACUCUGAGCCCAAAGUCCCCCGGCCGAUGUCGGUGAACCCGUUCACGGGGAACGUUUACCCCGGUCGAGGGACGUCGCGAAACCCUUUCAUCUGAACACCCCCACCCCCCCUCCUUACUUCACCCACCCAAUCCUCUCCCUCUGGGAACCCGAGGGAGAGGUGAACUUGAGGAGUCGCUGCCAUUUCAAGGCCUCUCGAGUAUUGUACCCCUCUGAGGGAGGGUUUGCCGUCCUCCAUCCCCCCCGCCCCCCUCCUCCUCUCUCUCUGUCUGUGUUUACGUGUUUGUGGAGACAAAACAACAACAAAAAACGUGUGAAUGUAAUUAUGAAAUUCGUGUGUGUGUGUGAGAGAGCCUGCCGUGUUUGUACCACGUGACAUUAUGUCAAACGUUGUUUGUGUGCCGGUAGACGCCAACCUCAGGGCUCUGUGGGAGUCACUAGUUAACCAUUUUUGUACUUUUCUUUUUUUUUUGCAGAAACACACACACAUACAUGUCGUUGCUGCUACUUUGCUUUCAUCUCCUGCUUAAAAGUGCAACAAAACAGCUGGUGAAACAAACAAACCAACAAACAAAUGUCCAAGUAUCUGAGUUGUCCAAAGGAAGAGCCAGUUGAGGCUCUGAAUCCCGAGUUUACACAGAUGGUCAUAAACAGCCUUAACAGCAUGUGAAUUAGCGUCGACAGAUAAGAUGAGCGUGUGGAACAUGUUUGUAUUCGUCACUGUUUUUAUAUAUUUUUUUUCUUACGUCCUUUUGAAGGGUAAUCUAUGUUUUCCACUUCCUAGGCUGCAUGCGCAUAGAGGGCUAAAAGGAGAUACUACUGAAUGUAAAAAGCAAUUUCAGAAUAACUUUAAUGUGUGUAACCCCCCCCCCCACCCUCCAAAACCCCCAAAACAACCUUCAUGGCUUCAUGUUCCGGACCAAAAUGUUUCUCGCUCGUUCUUUUUUUGUUUCUUUUCGGUUGACAUGGAGGCGAAGUUCAUUUUUCCCCUAUUUUGCCAAAAAGAACAGAGAGAUUCAUGUUUCUUUGUAAUGACAAGUAUUCAUGUUCAUAAAAUCAGUUUGUUGCUUCUUAAGUAA